AUACAAAAAAACAUACAUACAUACAUACAUACGUACAUAAAUGAAUACACCCUUUCCAGGGUGAUGACCUCCCCAAGAGAACAUGCCUUUCACAAAAGAUCUCCUUCAUCCCUCUCCAGAGAAGAGGAAGCACAAGAAGAAGCACCUGGUGCAGAGCCCCAAUUCCUACUUCAUGGGCGUGAAGAGCCCAGGAUGCUAUAAAAUCACCACAGUCUUUAGCCAUGCACAGAUGGUAGUUUUGUGUCUUGGCUGCUCCACUGUCCUCUGGCAGCCUAUAGAAGGAAAAGUAAGGCUCACAGAAAGAUGCUCCUUCAGGAGGAAGCAGCACUAA